CCGACCGCCAGCUGUCGAUAGACGUUCGCGCUGUCAUUGACGACAUGUUUAGGUACAUCUAACGACCCGGGAGUGCAUCAGCAAGGGAACAAUAUACGAAGAUAAGAACGAUCCAGCCGACACAAGCUCCUCCCAUAGCAGACCAGCCUAUAACCAACUCUGCUGCUUCUUCUCGUGCUCGGUUCCCGGCAUCUCAAUCUCAUCAUUAUCAACAAGUGCACAUCACGCGGAGACCGGCCUUGGAUCUUGGGAAGGUCGUUGUACGGGCAUGGACCGCUCCUGAAUCACUAGGAAUUCGACUGUCAGUUCAUAGCCUCUUAGCAGCCUGAGCAUGACAAUGUCUCCUGGUGACAUCUGCAACGACAGUCGGUCGUCUGUUGAUUCGAGGGAGUCUGACCCAUCCGUCUCUGGAGUGUCCUCACAUUCGCACCCGGCUUACCGUCACCACCCAACAGCUUUAGCUUCCUCCUCCAGACUUCCAAACCUUCCUGCUCCUCCUCCACCUGAUCGUCUACCGCCUCCGAAAGGCCGAAGCGUCAAGGAUGCGGGCCACAGGUUCAAGCUGGGGAAGAAGAAAUCACGCACGGCUGCAUCCAUGCCCGCCGAAGGGAGAUCAUCUUCUAUAAACGAUGAGGAAUGGACGUUUGAAGGCGGCGGUGUCGGUAGCUACAAUGGUGGAUCUAUACCGACAAUAUCGACCAGUAGAGCUAGCAUAGAUGGGUUCAGCUCUCGUGGCGGCGAACCGGGACCGAUGUUUGAUUCUCAAUUGACAGAGGUACCGGCAAGAGAGAAGAAGAUGUCGAAAGGAAGAGGAUUGGCUAAGAAGACCUCGAGGCUCUUCAUGCGGGACAAAGAUAGGGAUCGGUCCACGGAAAAAUCGGGAAGUGGUCACAAUGGCGGUACCUAUGUGGAGAGCGCUUCGUCUACCGGAGCCAUCACACCUGAAUCUCAGUCAUCUCUCAACCUCCCAGGUAGUAACAGUCGACAAACGUCUUACUCGUCAGUGAUGUCUGGAGAGUCGACCCAUUCGCACCUCUCCAACGGAUCCUCAUCACGUCGUUUUGGAGCCCUCACCCGACCGAUGACUGCACAUCCGAACGCUCGUUCCGGCGCAAGUCAUUCUCGACGCCUCUCGCAAGACUCACAUUCCUCUUGGCAAGCUAGAUCUGGACGAUCCUCAACAUCAACUUACGAUUCUCCAAUCGAGGGCAACCAUCUUCCAAUACCACCACGUCAGCACUCGAACCUAUCCGCUUCGGUCCCUGGACUAUCACGGAAUGCUCUCCCACAGCCUGUCCUCUCUCCGCCUUCUGAAACGGCGCACACACUGCCGUCUCGUAUGUCCAUGUGGUUCUCACACCUUAUGCCGUCUUCUUCUGCCAAUUCUGGAUCAACAGGACCAUCUGAGAUGGGUGUGGUUAAUGGCGGGGCAGGGUACACCUCGUCACCUCCACGUAAGGGUCCCUCUGUCGCCGCGACCUUUCUCAAUGCCGCCAGGCAAAAGGCCGUGGAUGGAGUUCGAAAUCUCUUGGAUAGCGAGGCCCAACCGGAUAGGUGUCCUGAUCCCAUUUGGCUCAUGGGCCAAGGACACCUGGGUUACAGACCUGUCACGCCGCUCGGAUCCCCAGCAUAUGAGAACGCGAAUCUGAUGGAGAAUCUCGAUGAUGAGCCAAAGACGGCAAGAUCAGCCAAUUCGGUGACCAAAGCUUCCCCGAGCAAGAAUGAUCAAGCCUCUCUCAAAUCUGCUGAAGGGCGUAAGAGGGACAAGACUCAGCCUACUUCUCCAUCGACCAAUAAAGGGUAUUCGAAUCUGUUCUCAGGGUCUAAUACCUCAUUGACAUUACCCGCUGCUACGUCGCCAGGCAGGCAGACAGACGAGAAAAGGACAGUGGCAGAAAGUCCAAGCAAGGGUCGCAAGGCAAAGGUGGAAAAGGAGGUCGUCAAGUGGCCGGAGCAGUUCUACGAUGAUUUCAGAUCGAUCGUAUGGUGUACAUAUCGCUCUCAGUAUGCUCCCAUUCUCUCCCUGCCUCCCAAUCUCCUGGUCCCAUCUCCAGGCCCUUAUUUUUCAGCUUUUGGUCCUCCGAUAGACGCUACUGCUUCUUUGCCCGCCAUUCCCAAUCAUCCACCGAUCUCUGGGCCUCGAACAUCUUCUUCUCCUUGGAGCUGGACCAGGUCAGAAGAGAGAGGUUUAACGAGUGAUGCGGGGUGGGGGUGCAUGUUGAGAACGGGUCAGAGUCUGCUGGCAAAUGCCUUGAUUCAUCUGCAUCUCGGUCGAGAUUGGCGACUUCCAUCAUCCAGGCCGUCCUCCAGGCCAGAAUCACCGAGCCAAGUUGCCGCGUUAAAGAGCUAUGCGACUUACAUCCAGGUGGUCUCUUGGUUCUUGGACGACCCUUCUCCGUUGUCACCAUUUUCCGUCCAUCGCAUGGCGUUGAUUGGCAAGGAGCUCGGAAAAGAGGUUGGAGAAUGGUUCGGUCCCAGUACCGCUGCCGGAGCUUUGAAGACACUCACCAACUCGUUUCCACUCUGUGGUACGGCUGUAGCCACAGCGACGGAUAGUAUCGUCUAUCGUUCUGAAGUCUUCGCUGCAUCUAGUCUGCUAUCUGAAGGUUGGACGGAGCAAGACGCCACGGCCAGCCCCUCUCGAAGCACAACCAGCCGCAAAUCAAAUACCGUUUGGGGCGACAAGGCUGUGUUGAUCCUCAUUGGCAUAAGGCUAGGGCUGGACGGCGUGAAUCCGAUCUACUAUGAUAGUAUCAAGGCGCUAUUCACUUUCCCCCAAUCUGUCGGAAUAGCUGGAGGCAGACCAUCAUCGUCAUACUACUUUGUCGCAUGCCAGGCAAACUCCCUUUUCUAUCUCGAUCCCCACUUCACACGGCCUGCCAUUCCACUGGUGACACCGCCCGCUCCAUCAUCCAAAGACCGGGCAGCGCCUAGCCUGGCGUCCAGCCUCAUUUCCGAGUCUGUGAAGACGAAUCCGGCUCCUGCCCCGCCACACUCACUAGACGUGAUCAAUGUGGACGAUGUUCCAAGCGAUGAUUCCGAAAGCGAUACGUCCUCGCCUUCACAUCGAACACGUCGAGACGUCUCAUCACCAGCCGCGAAACGCCUGUCAGCACAUAAAAGGGAUCUCUCCAUUCACUCCAUGACCAAAACAACACCAACGACCCAUCGUCGGACCUCUUCAGAUCCGUUCGGUUCGUCCAAAGUGGCUACUGCUGCGAGCCCUCAACACUCGGUCAACUCGUCGUCCGUAACUUCUGGAUCGCCGAGGCAGACAAAGGCAAAAAAUCCUACUCUUGAUGCUCAGGAUCUCUGGUACGCCUCAGCUUACACCGAAGCUCAGAUGAAGACUUUUCAUUGUGAAAAGGUCAGAAAGAUGCCUUUGUCCGGCUUGGAUCCGAGUAUGUUACUUGGUUUCUUAGUCAAGGAUGAGGCAGACCUUGAGGAUUUCUGUAUGCGAGCCGCCAAGCUACCACAGAAGAUCUUUACCGUUCAGGAUGCACCGCCAACCUGGGAUGACGAUGAACUCGAUUCGGUCUCUGAGCCUGAGGAGUACCAUGACCACGAGCUGGAACCCGAGAUGGACGAUCUAGCGCAGGGCGUAGCUUCAAGCCGCUUUAGUCCUGACUUCGCAGUUGACGACGACAAUAUGUCGCCAAUUACCGUCUCGGCGCGUGAUUUGCCUCACCGCCGAGCAGAUGUAGACCCUAGGCGGGGGAGUCUGCCCUCCAAUGAGCCCGUUUCUGAGAAGCCUCAGAGCGCAGCCGAUGAAGAUUGGGAUAAGGGUAGUGGGAGAGGAGAUUCCGCUCCGUCAACACCACCAUCGGGUUUUACAGUUCGGCCUUUGAACGACGGGAAGGCUCUGGCGGGGGCUUCUGAGUCAAGAUCCUCGGAGCGACCGACGAUAUCUAGUACCCAGUCCGAGACUGAUUCUUGGGUUGGCAUACCGGGUCACAGGGAAGCAGAUCAGUUGGCGAGGACAGUGACACCUCCUCCGCCUGGCGCAUUAUUUGAUGAUCCGGAAACUCCCACACUGGAGAGAGCGGCGGCAGAACCGUUGUCGGCUGCGAAGAAACAACAUAUCUCAGAAAACACCUAGCUCGAUCUUGAGCGGAAGACUUGAUCGCGGGAGGAGACCAAGAGGACACCUAUUCCCCCUGUACCUGGACGAGCGUGGAGGAUGGUGCGAGUAAGGACGAUGGCGAGUAGUGAUUCACGGGGGGAAAGAUCAACAAAGGGGAGUCAAAGGCGAGGCACAGCAAGGUCGAAGCACGAAACGAAAUCUGUACGACCUUUGAUGACGCGACGAACAUGACGUUCGAGUCGGAACUCAUCAACUAGCGACUGUAAGCAUUCUUGUAAACUUGGGAUCAUGCAGGUUGUAUUUGCGCAGGGGUAUGCAUCCCAGUCGCGAG